CUCCAGCUGCUAACAACAGCCAAGCGAGAGGAGAUGAUCCUCCAGGGAGUCGACAACCCCUCUAACAAGGAUGUCAUGAGACACAUAACCUCAACAGAGCUAUCACUCCACUGUAAGCGUGUCACUAGGGGAACAGAGGAGACGCUUAACCUCAUAUCAGGUUUGAUUCAGUCCCUGGAUGGCCCUAAAGGGUGUGACAGGUUAGGUGUCCCUUUAUUUGACAGCGAGAGGAUGGCCGAGGUGUGGAGGGUACAACAGAAACAUGUCACAUGCAUCCAGGACCCUGAAGGAGUACAUCUCUACACACAGACCAGUACUUUGAAGAAAGGCGGGGUUAUUCUUCCUGUGUACAGAUGUGCCAGAGAAUCAACUUCCCUUGAAAGUUUUCACCUCCAUAUGAACAGGUUCAUACCAGGGACCCUGGCCAAGGAUAUUAACUUCCAGGUUUUUUUGCUGGAUGGCCUAUUCCGCUGGAAUCUUGACAGGGAGGCUGCUGCUGUUAGUACGGAGACGAGGGAGCAUCGUCCGAGGACAUACAGUGGCCCUCUCAAGAAUUCAGUGAACAAAUUUUCCCGGGAUGUUUUUGGGGAACCUUUCUUUGAGGACUUUUGGCCACCGGGGUUAUAUACAGGAGAGCUCAUUGGGAUCGAGUACCUGUACUCCCAAACAGGAAAAGGGUCAACAGACUACGCAGAGGCUAUCCAAUCCAUAUCGGAGGAAGACAGCCUCGAUGAUGAGAUCGAAGAAGAUGAUGAAGGGUUUGGUGAGUUGGAAAAUGUUGUUGACCCUACCAUACCUGCACUUGACUGCCCACCUGAGCCAGUGCCUCCUAUUCUGCCCAUCCCAUCUACGGCAGAUUAUGAGAAAAUGUUGGAAGACACAUGUACAGCAGAAUCACCAGAGCCAGUUUUAGUGCCUCUACAUCAAGAUCCACCAGAUAAACCUAAGGGCACAACUCCUGAUGAUAUAAGUUAUAUUUUAUCAACAAUUACAUACCUAACUGUCAUGCUCAAAGUCCAGGAUGUAGUAGGUCCGGAUAACAUUCCUGGUUAUGGCCAUGUCUUGCGCCUUGCAAACUUCCUUGUUUCAUUGCGGGAUGCAACAGGAAUGUCACCAGCCCAAGUGAAACAACUGAAGGACUUGUGGCUUGUUCUUCUUCCUGAUUAUGACAGAAAGAGGACUGUCUUUCCUCCAAGACAUCAAAAGGGGCUUCUACAAGGAAGGUUUAAAAGCCCAAAGAAAAAAAUGGCACAAGGAGUGCAAAAGUUGUACUUGGUCCAAAUCAAGGUCCAGCACAGUGGCCAAACUGCAAUAGAUACACAGCGGCCACAGUAG